AUGACUGGCGGCGGCAAAUCUGGCGGCAAGGCCUCUGGCUCUAAGAACGCCCAAUCCAGCCGCUCUUCCAAAGCCGGACUUGCGUUUCCUGUCGGUCGUGUCCACCGUCUCCUGCGAAAAGGCAACUACGCCCAGCGUGUCGGUGCGGGUGCCCCUGUCUAUCUGGCCGCUGUUUUGGAGUAUCUCGCUGCCGAGAUCCUUGAAUUGGCCGGCAAUGCUGCUCGCGACAACAAGAAGACCCGCAUCAUUCCCCGGCAUCUUCAGCUUGCCAUCCGGAACGAUGAGGAGCUGAACAAGCUGCUGGGCCAUGUCACCAUUGCCCAAGGUGGUGUCUUGCCCAACAUCCACCAAAAUCUGCUGCCGAAGAAGACUGGCAAGAGCGGCAAAGGUGCCAGCCAAGAGUUGUAA